AGGGCACCUUUUUUUAGGUGUCGCAAUGAAGAGUCGCUAGUGGCCACCGAACUGGUGUGCCAUGCUUGUCCCGAAGGCUAUGCGCUGGGCCGUCUGGGUCUUCCUGGUGCUGGCCGAAGGUGUCCUGCUUCCCGAGAAGGAGCCAUUGACAUUUGCGGUAGCAAAGGAGCGAGAGCAGCGUGAGCAUCAGGUGGUUGAUGCAGAUCGGCAGAUCGAGGCCUUAGAAGAUCAGAGGGCCGCAGCGACCGUGGAGGACCUGCGCGUGGCAACGCGCACGGUCGAGACGCAGGCGCAGGCGGCCGCGGAGGAGGCGCUGGGACAGCAGAGACACGUGGAGGAGAUGGAGCUGCAACAGAAGGCGCUUCUCGCGAAAGCGAAGGACUAUAGCACGCAACAGGAAGCUCAGGUGAAGUAUGCGGAAGAGAGCAACAAGGAACUGGAGAAAGAGUUGGAGAAGGCCACGGAGUUUUCGAAGACGGCCGAUGCGAAUGCAAAGGACUUAGCGAAGGCGGCGGUGCAGCAGAUGUUUUUGGCCAAGAACAAAGAGCUGCAGAGCUGGCGCGAUGAGGUGUUGACGGACCACUGGGCCCAGGGCCGUCGCGAGGCCAGGGAGGCGGCCGAGCCGUACCAGCGCGCCAUGGGCAUCGCCUUGGAGAAGGCCAACAGCUUUUCGUCCAGUGCGCAGACGCUGUCCACGGUGGCCAAGGGCCUGGCGAAGGAGGCAGACAAAGCCACGCUGACCGCGGCGGAGAAGAGGAUGGCGGGCGACGCCUCUGGCGCCCUGCGAUUGUCGGAGGCGGCCGCCGCCAUGCGCGCGCACGGCCAAAAGCUGCGCAGAUACGCUAAGGACCUCCAGCAGGAAUCCGAGCACCUCAACGAGGCCGCGCCCAGCUACUUGAGCUCCGGGCAGCAGGCGGCCGCGCGCGCGGAGUGGACCAAGAACCCCCAGGCCUUGCCGCCCAUGGCCUUGGACCCCAGCGUGGCAUAUGUCCCAGCCGCCGGGUGAGUGGUGCUG